CUUCAAGUGCGGAGACUUGUCGCAUUUUCUUCCACUUGACCCAUCAGUUAACCGCAUCAGUCGGAUCGAGUUCCGGCUCGAGUUGCGGCUCUGCCUCGGCGUUGUGUGUUCUGAUCCUGCCAGCAUGGGCGCCAAAGGCAACGACCUGCCGCCCAACGACUCGGUAGGACCCAGACUCUUGGCGGUCCUAGUUCCCUUGUUCGCAGUCGCCCUCGUCCUUUACGCGGUACGCAUUUGGUCCCGCUUACGGCCGAAGCCGAGGCUGACUGCGGCUGACUACAUGAUAACGGUCGCUCAGGUUGCCGAAACAAUCGCGAUUGUAUUCACCAUCGCAGCCGUGAGCCGCGGGUUCGGACGGCAUGUCUGGUACAUCAACAAAGAUGAAGCGUCGGACAUCGGAACAUUCACAUUUGUCGUCUUCGUCAUCGGGCUGUGGGCAUCCUGCUUCGGACGAAUCUCGGUUGCCUGUCUGCUACUGCGCAUCACGCCAUGGCCGCGGUGGAAGAUGUUGUUAUGGGUCAUCAUUGGGUUUCAGCUGGCUGCGCUCAUCGCCUGCGACAUUGUUGAAUUAAUCGCCUGUCGGCCAAUCCGGGCGGCGUGGGAGACUGUUCCCGACUCGGAGUGCUUUCCCAUCGAGGGCAUGUGGGCAAAUGCCUAUGUCUUCAUUUCCAUUGCCAUGUUUAGCGACGCGAUAUUCGCUUUGCUACCCAUGGUCACCAUCUGGCGGCUGAACCGGUCCGUUGUCGAACGGACGUUGAUAACAAUUCUCCUGGCGCUGGGACUUCUAGCCGUUGGGGCUGGAAUAUUCAAGAUCAAGGUCUUGAAGGGCUACGACAUCACGGCCGAGGACAACGCCAUCGACCAGAUACCCGGGUAUAUGUGGGCGAGGCUUGAGGAGAUUCUCAUCAUCAUCGGUGCGUGCGCGCCGCUUCUCAAGUCACCAAUCGAGGGGUUUCUGCACCGCAAAUUCGGGCUUCCCUUGUUUCGGCCGGUUGUCAGGGAUCUGAAUUCGGUGCACUCACUUCCUUCGACGGCCAACGUGCGGAGAAUGAGAUUCGGGAAGAAUCGGGAAUGCUCGCAUGGAACCGAGCAGAGCCGCGAGCACGAGACCUGGCGUCCUGGGACGAGCUCGAUAUCCCUUGAACACGUCGGCUCUCGCCCAAUGAAUAAGAAUAAGAUAGAGCACAAAUCCAUUAAUUAAUUAUUUCAGGCAUCGAAUUCUUUUCGUGCAGGCUGGCGGCGGGGUCGGGACCGGCGGCCACUGGUGAGGCCGUGCCAUCCCAGAAAAGCCAAAACACUGGAUCAUGGGCAACAAGAUUGCCAGUAGUGCCUCCCUGGUGCAGAUGAAUCCGGCAGGCGGCAGGCGCUACGGAUGCCGACUGCCGUUUAAUCACGCUAUCUCGCAUGCGCUUUCCUCUUGCGACUCGUCAGUAUC